ACUCCCUAACAAACUCUCUCUCGUCUGCCUCUCGUCUCCAGUUCUCCGUCUGUAACUCCCUUGUACAUACUUCCGUUAGGGCUUUCCCUUUUCCAAUCCAAAACCACCCGACAACUGAAGAGCAACCAGUAAACAACAAUGGCGGAAGAAGAAGUGAAAGACCCGGGAAGAGAAUCGAAAAACGAAUCGAUGACGCCAUCGAAUAAAGAAGAAGAAGAAGUAGAAGAAGAAACGAAAACCAUGACCCCAUGGGAGCAGCACGCCUCCGUUAUAAGCAUUCCUCGCUUUGAUUACAACGCACCUUCUUACCUCCUUCAACGCUCUCACUCUGGCUUCCUCAUCACCUGCACAAUCAAGAGAGAAAAGAGUGCAACGAAAGAGGCCAUGUCUAUACUUGGAAAGUAUGUUGGAUUUGGAUCUUUAAAUGAUGACAAUUCUAAAAGUUCAGAAAGCUCUGACACAACUUUGUCAGCUAAGAAAAGGAAAUUAUGCACAGAUGAGAUGGAUGGAAAAUCUGCCAAUGGCAUCAAAAGCGAGGUCUCUGCUGAGGAAGCAGUAGGAGAAAUUUCAGAAGAUGAUUCUCUUGCAUCUUCCAACAAAAAUACAAAUACAGAGAGAGAUUUUCUCCUUUCACUAGUUAAGCUUACAGGGAGUGGUUUGCUUCUCUUGACCUUCCCCUCAGAAAAUUCUCCUGAUACUGUAGAUAUUUUAUCAAAUAUUUUUCAGUCUAUGGAAUCUGGGUGUUUAAAGUCACCACUUUGGUGUCAUCGAAUUUUUCCUAUCCAAGCCACGUGCAAUCUGAACGAGAAGGAAUUGAAGGCAACUGUGUCAAAAUGUGUUCUUGAAUUUGUGAAUGAUAAGCAGAACAAGAUGUUAAGGCCUGUAAAGUUUGCAGUUGGGUAUAACAGAAGAGGGAUUGAGGAGGGUCAGAUGAAAAGUUCAAAGGAUUUGGAGAAAUCUGCUCUGCUGAACCGCAACAAAUGCUUUGAAGUUGUGGCUUCUGCCAUUAAAGAUUCUUUGUCAGAUUCGGUUGUGGAUCUCAAAUCUCCAGAGCUCUGUGUUCUCGUGGAGCUACUACCUAUUUCUGGAGUAUCUACUGGAUCAGUAGUGGUGGCUGUCUCCGUUCUUCCACAAAACCUUGUCAGUACCAAGCCACGACUCUGCGUCAAGCCAUUGGUUUCUGAUGUCAAAGCAAGAAACGGAAAGAGUUGAGAGAGAGAUUUUGACGAGUAUCUGAGUCCAACAUAUGACUCCAUUUAUGCAGCUAGCAAACAAGACAUUUCGAAGCCAUUGAAAUGGACUGGAUUCACUUUGUCCAUACUGGGUCUGAGAUUGAGAUUAUUAGGGAUGAAUGUUUACUUGGACUGGAAGUUUGGACAUUGCUAGAGCAACUGGGAAAAUGAUCCGCAUGAAACUGAAAGUCUGUUGAUUAGCACUGAUGAAACCAUCUGAAUACUUGGUUGCAGUAGUAAGAGGUGUGGUCUUGAGCUACUAAUUGAUUUCAACUUGUUUUAUUAAUUGUAAGAUAUUAUUAUGGUAAACAUUUUGGUUAGUUUUUUA